AUGCUCGCUCUCCGAUCCUCAUCAGACACCGUACGCGGAUUCACAGCUUCAAAACGCGAUAUGAUACGCCAACCGUCAGCGGAGGACUUGGAUGCUGCACACCAGCUGGUAUCUUCGGCGCGCGGCGUAGCAGAUUUCCGACCUGAUAACUUUGAUAGCAGCAGGUCGACAGACGGAGAUAAGGCGAGCACCGCUACAGCCGCCAUGGAUGAGUCGACGGACGGAUAUACUCCUUCGAGGGAACAGAACCAGGCUGAACAGCAACAAGGUCAGCCCUCGGAGCAGAACUCGGGUCCAGAGAGCUCGAGUCGCUCGAGAACCUCGCCCAAGGCCUCACGGAAUGCGGAGCUAUUUCUCGGCCAUCAGUGUGUGAACUGCGGAACAAAACGAACACCCUUGUGGCGCAGAUCACCGUCUGGAUCUACUAUAUGUAACGCCUGCGGUCUAUACCUUAAAGCCAGAAACACCGACAGACCUACAAAUCGGAUUCGUGAUUCUGGAGCAGCAAACGGGGCCAGCGGCUACGCAAAUGGUGCAGGAUCAGACCCAAGAGCUUCUCCUGCUGCCAGCGACGCAUCUGGGGCCCAACAUGGGACUGCGUGCGGUUCUACUCCGGUAGGCACCUGUCCCGGAGGAGGGAGCUGUAACGGGACAGGCGGUGCUGUGGGAUGUGAUGGCUGUCCGGCAUAUAACAACCGAGUGUACAAGGCUGCUCCUCGAGCUCCUCCCGUCCGUCAGCCGCGGCCAUCACCCCAGGCUUUCGCCCAGACGAGUGAAGAGCAGGCUCAGAGUGGACUUGAUGCUAUGGACAGCGCUGCAUCUCCUCAGGAUACCAGUGGGAUGCCAAAGGCUUGUCAAAACUGCGGUACAACGCUCACUCCGCUCUGGAGGAGAGAUGAUCAGGGCAAUACUAUCUGUAAUGCUUGUGGUCUCUAUUACAGACUCCACGGAAGCCAUCGACCGGUUGCUAUGAAAAAGACCGUCAUCAAGAGACGAAAACGAGUUGUUCCAGCUCUCAGAGACCGUUCUCCAGGAGCUGCAUCGUCCGACCAUUCUUCCGCAUCUCCUGAACUACACGCCGCCAGUCUGUCGACUACAAAUACCGACAACAAUGUAUACGCCCACUCUGACCAUGGAGCAGCCUACGGCGCAGCUCCGUAUCCUCACACUGCUCCCCCUCCCGUUGAUUUCACGGGCUACUACAGCAAACCAACAACCACUCUCCCACCAUCAUCCUCACUUCACGCCAACGACCACCGAAGCCCGCCUGCCGAACUCGCCCAAACAGCCUCAGGCCUAAACUCCUUGAUAAACCGCUCCCCGAACCCCAAGAAACGAACCCAUUCUGAAAGUACGACUGCCGAAGCUGCGCCACCAGCCACACGCGUACACUCCGACAUUCCAGCCUCAGCUCAUCUCCCCCCCAUAAACCCAGCAGGUGCUCGCGCUCUAUCAAACUCAGGACGCCUGAGUUCGAUAUCUUCCCUACUCAACCAUACAGACGGUGGCUUUACCGAAUCCCACGUCGACCCUGCUCUUGGCUCGAACACACCUUCGAGACCUCAAGCACAGCCUCAAGCGGGCGCUCGCUCUUAUUCUCCGAAUCCAGCAAACCCUCCGACUACGCAAGCACACGGUAACCAUGCCCUUCCGCCGCCGCCUCUUCCAGCGGCAGGUGAAGAGAACAUGAAGGCCGCGCGAAGGGCUCAGCUACAGCGUGAAGCGGAGAAUAUGCGCGAAGCAUUACGUGCGAAGGAGAGAGAACUUGCUUCCUUGAAGUAA